UAGCGGUCUUUGAGAUAUAGCCGAAAAAGUGUGCACGCGAUUUGGCGCAAGAAGAAGCUAGCGGCAAUUUGUGGCCAGCAUUUGGAUGGCAAGCUCAGUCUUGUACGAACCGUCGACGGGUAUACAUAUCGGUGCAAAUAGUUCCGGAAAAACUAAACUGAAAACCUAUUAAAUAAAAAUCAUGUCGGCUGCUACGGAACAACAGAACAACGGCGAUGUGGCCGUAGAGAAGGUGGCGGCGGAGGAUGUUUCCGCUGUCAAGGACGAUCUCAAGGCGAAGGCGGCCGCUGAGGAUAAGGCCGCUGCUGCCGAUGCCGCCGGCGAUGCGGCAGAUAACGGUACGUCAAAGGACGGCGAGGAUGCCGCCGAUGCCGCCGCUGCCCCCGCAAAGGAAUCCGUGAAAGGCACCAAAAGGCCAGCAGAAGCCAAAUCCGCAGAAUCAAAGAAGGCCAAGAAAGCCGCCGCCGCAGAUGGCGAUUCUGAUGAGGAAGAUGUUCUGGAGGAAAUCGUCGAGGGCGACAGUGAAAUUGAAAGCGACGAAUACGACAUACCCUACGAUGGUGAGGAGGACGACAUUGAAUGUGAUGACGAUGAUGAUGAUAAUGAUGACGGUUCCGGCUCGGACGAUCAGGCGUAAUAAUAAUGUAGUCAAAAAUACAAACAAAAACAAACAAAAAUUUAAAUUAAUAAUAAAUAAAAGUUACAAGCAAAAAAAAAAACAAAAAAAAAUAAUAAUAAACCAACAACCAGAAAAUAAACCACAACAAGGAGAAGAUGAAGGAGAAAAAACCACAAAAAAAUCGCAAAAGUAUAUAAUUUUUAUGUUUAAGAAAUAAUUUUUUAUUUCUUACCUUAUUUUAAUUGUAUUUUAUGUGUACUUUUUUUAUAAAAAACUACAAAACAAACAAAAAUUGUAAUUGAAGGCAUUUUCGUAUAAAAGCAAUCUAUACGGAAACCAACAAAAAGUAAACAUCCCCACUAUAUACAAGAAAAAAAAAAACAAAACCAAAAUCUUUCUUUCCUUUAUGUCAUAAGUCCUAAUUUAAACGCCCAGUUUAUGCGUAAAACAAAAUAUACAAAGAUUAAAAAUGUAGCGUAAACGAAGCCCGUGAAUUAAACACAGACACACACACACACACACAAUAUAUUAAAAUUCAUUAUUAAAUUAGACGUUACAUUUAUGAAUGAUCGAAAGAAACAAAAAAAUACAAAAGAGAAAAAUGGAAAAUGGAAAAAUGAAAAAGAAACAGCAAAUGCAAUUAAAUACAAAACAAAUAAAAACAUAAAAAUUGUAUUUAAAUAAAUCGCAAGAAUCAUUGAAGUC